UAUUCAGCACACGUUGGGACCGGUCGUACGUUUUCCGUGCAAGUUUCGUGGAAAUUCUUAAUUUGAACAUUAAGGAAAGAGUGUCAUCACAUUGAUCAAGAUGAAUGCUGCUAUAGAAAAUGCGAUGGAGCAGCAGCUCCUUCAUGCAGCUAACGUCAUGGAGCAGCAAGUCGACGCUGAGAUACAAAAGAUGGAACAGAUGGAUGACGAUGACUUUGAAAGCCUUCGUAGGAAGAGAAUGGACAACAUGAGAAAGGCACAGUCACAAAAGCAGGACUGGCUUGCUGCUGGACAUGGCAAAUACCAUGAAAUUGCCAACGAAAAGGAGUUUUUUGACGAAUGCAAGAAAAGUAAACAAGUUGUUUGCCAUUUCUACAGAGAAAGUACCUUUAGAUGUAAAAUUGUUGACAAACAUCUGGCCAUUUUAGCUCCUAAGCAUUUAGAAACUAAGUUCAUUAAAAUUAAUGUUGAAAAGUGUCCAUUCUUGGUUGAACGUUUAAGAAUAGUUGUUUUGCCUACCUUGUGUAUUGCUAAAGAUGGCAAGACCACAGACUACAUUGUUGGUUUUGAUGACCUUGGUGGCAAGGAUGACUUUCCAACAGAAAUGAUGGAAUGGCGUUUGGGCGUUGCCACCAUCAUCAAUUACAAUGGCGAUCUGCUGACCCCUCCAGGAGGUCAACCAACAAAGAAACCUGCCAUUCUAGGUCAUCAGAAGAAAAUUAUUCGUGGAGGCGGUGAGGAUGACAGCAGUGAUGAGGAUGACUGGUAGAUGAAUAUUUAUAGUGUUAUCCAAGUUUUAAUUUGGUGUUGAACUAAAUAACUUCACUGACAGAUACAAACUUGCACUGUUUUGGAGUUGAUGGUUUAAGUUAUUGAAAUAGUAACCUAUGUGUUGUGAAUUAUUGUUAUUUGAGUAUGAAUUCAUUUGAAUUACAUAUCUAUCACUACAAAAUCAGAUAAUGAUUGUUUAUGGUUUGGAAAGGAUUAAAAUAGUAAUUUGUAGGAAAUGAGGAGUUUUGGAAAACAAAGCAUAGCGAAAUAAUUGUACAAUGCAUUAAGUGGAAUCCUAGCAGUAGCAACACAUAUUGAAAAUAAUCUGAUUAUUAUAAAAAAAAUAUCAGCUGAUAUGUAAAUAGGGAAAAUUGAUAAAUCAAAAAUGUGUUCUGAGUGUUAAUUACCCAUACUUCUUGAUGAUAAUUCCUAAAACUAUUUUACAAUUGUAUAUAAUCUCAUAUCUGAGGAUAUCACAAGUACCUUACUUCAAACAUUUAAAUUCAUUUUUAAAGAAAUUUAACUUGUAAGCAUUCAUUACAGUGCAAACAAGUGUUCUGAUUUGUCAUCAAUAAAGAUCCUAUUUGCUUGUCUCCC